AUGCGAUGUGAGGAGCGGUACUAUGCUGUGAGGAGCUCAUGUGUGAAAUGCACAGGGGUUGGCUGGCCCCAGUGGCUUCUGAUGGCUUUGACCUUUGUUUGCAUCGGUGCCUUACUGGCUGGAGGCUUUGUCGCCGUUGCAUACUUUGUUUACGCGUGGAGUCCACUCAGUUGGCUGGAUGGAUGGAUCAAGUCGGCAGCUCGUGUGAUCUUCGCCCCAGAACCCCUCGGAGAGUGGCAGCAGCAGCUAGUGAAGCGCCAGGCCCCUGUGUUGCUACAGACGUGUCAGCUGUGGAGCGUGCUCUCUUCUUUGGCUGCCAGAGAUGACAAGGCUUCCGACAUGUUGUGGGAAUUGCCCUACGUGCAGCAUGUGCAGUUGGCCGUGGGGAACUUGCAGGAGAUCCUUUAUUUGCAGUGCUUCUUCGAUGGAAAGCAGGUGCGCAAGAUGGUGGCCUUCAUUACGCCGGCGGUGCCGCUACUUCUUUUGCUCGGCUGUGGGUGCCUUGAAGUUUGGAAGCGUGGCUCAGGAGUCAAUGCAGCAUUGAAGAUUUUGACGCUCUUCUUCGUUGGCGGUGCCUCCAAAUGUGCUGCCUUAAUCACCUGCCAGCGAGUGGAUGCAGGUGGUUGGGCUUUGCAAUCUAACAUGACCGUCCUGCGGCACUUGCCAGACAUCGAUUGCUAUCAAGACAGCAUGGUACCGCCCGAUGUGGCUGGGGUGUUUUGGCCCUGCGCCGUGGGCUACGCUAUCCUGAUCCCCUCCUUCUUGUUCUACCUUUACGCUCGUCAGCAUUUGGUUCUGCGCUAUACUCGGAUGCCUUUGGAGCUUGCCAGUGGAACGACCGAACAUCUGGCCGUGAGCCACGAGGAUGCCAUGCUGCAGCGCAGGGUAGUGGCUGGCCUUGUGGCAUACGUCUCCAUUUUGCAGCAUGGUAGCGUGAGGGUCCAACUACGAGAUGGCAAGGGGAUCGCAGCCUUUUUGGACAAGCCUGAUGGAACUGCCCUGAAGCUGGAUGCUGAAGCCAUCAAUGCACAGUUCAACAUUGAGUCAGAGAAGCUACGACAUCAUUCCAUCACUGAGAUGUUGCUGGAGCGCCACUUGGACGCGCAAUAA